AUGAAUGUUUUGGAUCUUUAUCUUGCUGAAAAACAAAUCCUUGACCAACGAUUCUCUGUUCACAUGGAAAAGCGUAACGCUGCAGUAUUCUGUGAUAAUAUUUUUUUAUCCAUAAUACCCUCUAUUCUUACAAGAUCUCCAACUUUAUCACCGGCAAAACAUCCCCUAAUCAUGACUGAACCUCCACCAUGCUUCACAGUUGUGCUCCAAGACUACAAAGUGACGGCAUACGACGCUGAAUUCAUCAUCAAGGGUAACGUAGCUCUUCUUCGCUGUGAUAUAUCGGGAAAUGGAAAAGAAUACGUCUUUGUAACAUCCUGGCUUAGAGACGAUGGUCUGACUAUUUCAUUAAAUGACAAUAAUGGAAAAUAUGCAGUCUUUUCAACAGGUGAAUUUCAUAUUCGUCAUAUAGAGGAAGCUGAUACUCUACGAAAAUACAGAUGCCAAGUUCAUAAUAAAUUAAGUCGAGAAACAAGGUUGAGUGAUCAAUGGGCGAAAGUUAUAAUGACAGAACCACACGGAUCUGUGCCUCCAAGGAUUGUUCACUGGAAAAGAGAUGUCCAAGGCCAAAAUGGAGAUACUAUUUGGCUUCCUUGUGUUGCUCAUGGCUACCCAGUACCUUCUGUAAGAUGGUACAGACAAGACUCUGGUUUGAUGACGUCAUUUUCGAAUAGCCGAAGAAUAGUCGAACAAGAAGGAAUGUUAGUUAUUCAUAGGUCCACGCUUCAAGACAGUGGAAAAUAUGUGUGCGUUGUCAACAACAGCAAAGGUCAAGAACAAGUACACACUGUUCUAACUGUUAGAGACACACUAAGAGCCGUAGUUAGUCCUCAACAUACAAUCGUAACAGUUGGCACAUCGUUGUCACUGCGAUGCGAAGUAACGGGAUCACCCAUUUUAUAUUUAAAAUGGAAGAAAAAUCUAAAACCACUGGUUUUAGACAACAGAAUCCGUCAACAAAGCAAUAAUGUUUUAGAAAUUGCCAAUGUGAGAUUAGGAGAUGAAGGUAUCUAUCAAUGUUUCAUAUAUAACAGUGACGAAUCAGCACAAGGAAGUUCAACGGUUUUAAUACAAGCCGAUCCUCCAGUAAUCACAUCCCAUUUCGAAGAACAAACGGUCAAUCCUGGUCACCCCAUAUCACUGAGAUGUAUUGCUAAAGGUCACCCAUUACCAAAAAUAACAUGGACAGCAGAUGGGGAAAGUAUACCGUCAUCUGCUAGAUUACGUUUAGGCGACUUUGUCACUCAAGAUGGCAGUGUCGUCCACAGUUUUCUUAACAUCAGCUCUGUGGAAGUGACAGAUGGUAAAGAUUAUGCAUGCCAUGCAGACAGCGAUUUUGGAACAGCAAGCCAUCAGUCUAGACUCAAUGUUCCAUCACCGCCAGUUGGAAGACCUCCACAAAACAGAACAGCAUUGGUGGGACAAACCGCUGUCUUCGUUUGUCCUGUAGCUGGGUAUCCACUGACGCAUUUUUCUUGGGAGAAAGAUGGGGAAAGUCUUCCAAAUAGUCAUCGUCAUGAAGUCAAACCAAACGGUAGACUUGUCAUUCAUUACGUAGAGAAAAAUACUGACGACGGUACAUAUUGGUGCACAGCUGGAAACAAACGUGGAGUUUCAGCAAGGAGUCGAAUUGACAUACAUGUAGUUGCUGGACCAGUUGUCGAUCCUUUCAACUUUCCUGAAAAUUUACGAGAAGGCAGAAGAACUACACUAACAUGCAUGGUAUCAGCUGGAGAUUCUCCCAUUUCGUUUCGCUGGAUAAAAGAUGGGGAGCCUAUAGUACCUGCUUUACUUGGUGUUAACAUUGAAUAUCUUAACCAAUAUACGAGUACAUUAUUUUUUGAAAAAGUAGCACAAAGGCAUAAUGGAAACUACACUUGCAUCGCAUCUAAUCCUUAUGCUUCAGCAAAUCAUACCGCAGGCCUUACAUUGAACAUUCCACCAAGAUGGGUGAUUGAGCCUAAAGAUGUCGAAGUUGUUCAAGGAAGUUCAGUUCGUGUCGAUUGCCAAGCGGAAGGCUAUCCUAGACCAAUCAUUCGUUGGAAGCAGCUUGUCGGUGCUCAUGGAAACCCGGAAUCCUUUCAAACUAUAAUGAGUAGCGCCCGGAUGCAGGUCCUUGAAAAUGGUUCUUUGCUUAUUUUGGAAGCAAGCCCGAGUGAUGGGGGCUCUUUUCUGUGCCAGGCAUUCAAUAGAAUUGGACCAGGACUCAGUAAAAUGCUUACGAUUGUAGUACACGUUCCAGCACAUUUUAAAGUUAAAUUUAGUGCCCAAAAAGUGAAAAAAGGUGAUCAAGUAAAUCUAAACUGCAAAGCCCACGGAGACAAGCCAAUUUCGAUCACGUGGUUCAAAGAUGGAGAAGCACUGAACAAUGGAACAAUACCCAGAUACAGUAAGAGGGAGUAUGAUCAUAUAGAUGGAUUAACCUCUCAAUUGAACAUACAUUCUGCUAGAAGGGAAGAUUCAUCUGUCUUUUCUUGUCGAGCAUCCAAUCUCUACGGACAUGACGAUUCUACGGUAGAAUUGGUUGUACAAGAGGCACCAGAUCACCCAUCUCAAAUCGAAGUUGUUCACAUAUCAAGCCGUAGCGUCCAUAUAAGGUGGGCCACACCAUUUAAUGGAAAUAGUCCUAUUUCACGGUAUUUAAUUAUAACCGAAAACUUAAAAGGGAAUUCUGAAUCAAAAAUUUUAACUACUGAUGUCUCUGGGUCUCAAACAGACAUAACUUUACGAGGGCUGAAACCAAGGAUCACUUACAAUAUACACGUUGUUGCUGAAAAUGCCAUUGGUAAAAGCUCACGAAGUAAACUUUUGACAGUAACCACAGAUGAUGAGGUCCCACGGACUCCUCCUCUUCAAGUUCGAGUAACGCCGAUGAAUUCCAACUCCUUGCAGGUAUCAUGGCUGCCGCCAGAAAGCUCUGAUGAUGACGGUGGUUCCAUCACCGGCUAUUAUGUGGGAUACAAGGCAAAGAAGUCUGGUGGACAGUACUUAUUUAAAACUUUAAAAGUAACAGAAAAGUUUCAGAAUGAAUGCGAGCUUACAAAUCUGUUGAGUUCCACUGAAUACAGUAUUGUUGUACAGGCAUUUAACGAAAAAGGACCUGGCCCACAAUCUGAUGAAGUAGUUGCAAAAACUUCUAAAUUUGAUCCGCCGAAAAGCCCUACAAUGAAAAUUCUGAAAACAACAUCGAAUUCUGUACAAAUUCAAUGGGAAGCAACAGAUAAUGUAGAAGGUUAUUUGGCUUACAUAAAAGAAGAAAAUGGAGACUGGAAAGAAGCUACUUUAUCAAACGAAGUACUGACUUACAACUUUGAAAACUUAAAAUGUGGUGCAGUCUAUCAAAUGUACUUAGUUCCUUUCACUUCCGGUGGAAAAGGAGAAAGAAGUCAAGUUCUAAGUGUAAAAACAGAGGGGAAAGCUCCUAUACCUCCUUUGAAAGAACAUUUCUUGCAAGUUAAUGCUUCUUCCGUAACUGUAUUUUUAUCUACAUGGGAUGAUGGAGGUUGUCCAAUUACCCACUAUUACUUGAGAUACAGAUCUCAGAAUGAACAACAGUGGACUGAAAUACCAAUACAGAAUCACAGACCCCGUGCAUUCAUUACUGGCUUAAAUCCUGGUCAGUGGUACAAAUUAAUUGCUGGCGCAAGAAAUAGUGCUGGCAAUAAAGAUGUAGAAUUUGACUUUUUGACACGGAGGUUAGACAUCAGCAAAUCUCAAGGUAUAGGACAUCCACCUCCAAUCGUGGCCGAAUCUUCCGCAAUGGAACUUCAGAGAAAAGUGGCAGUUAUUACAUCGGCUGUUUGUUCGGCUGUGGUAUUAGUCGUUAUUUUAAUAGCUGCCUGUGCUGUACUCACUCGUAGGAGAAGACAUCGACCAGAAGGACAUGAUUCCGGUGCUGAUCGAAGAAGCACUGGAGAAAUUCAAAAGUCCGAGACAGUUGCACUUAGUGCGUGGGAAAAGCGACCACGCAGUGAUUCUACUCACAGAGGAUCUCAGUGUCGAGAGUCCAUGUAUCUUCCUUGUCCAUAUGCAACAGCAAGACUUUCUCAAUUCACGACAGAUGGCGACACUGACUGCGUUCGCCAUUCUGUAUCAUUGGCCGAAAAUGAACACUCUUAUGAUGUGCCUAUUCAAAUAGUCAGUAAACUUCGCUAGCAAUGUAAUUAUUAAUGAAAUAUCUGAAUGUAAAAAAGAAAUGUAUAUAUACUGAAAUAUUCGAAGCAUACUAAGAACUUCAAUUCCGAAGGGAAUAAAGUUUUGGUGAAAUUAUUUUAAAAUAUGAAAUGACGUGUUUAACGAAAGUUACUAUAAGGUGAAGAAAUUUUCAUAUUUAUGCAAAGACGCAUAAUUAAUUUUCUUAAUUAUGCGUCUCGUGAGACUUUUACUUUUUUUUCGUGAGGCUAUGUGCAAGGAAACUUUAUUUCAUAAAUUUUGUUAAUUUAUUGAUUUUCUUGCAUGAAAGAUACUACAUUCUGUUCGUAUUUUCAUUGGUGCAAUUAGUAGUGUUGCAAAAUAUAAAUUAUUAUUCUCGAUAAAUUAUUGAAUUGUAUCUUGUGGUAGAAAAUGAUGAAUGAAAGCAUAAUGAAAUAAUUACGAAGAUGAACAAAGGAAUGAAAGGCAGAGAGAUCAUCUGAGUAAAAACACUGAAUAUUUAAGAUAUAAUUAUGAAACUCCUGUUUUUUCAACUUUGUGUUAUAUAUGUUGUUUUCUGCAUUAUUAUUAAUCCAUCAUUUUAAAAAUUAAUUUUUUUUCAAAAUUUAAACUCUAUUUUAGAAACGUUAUAGUCAUAAGACCAAUACAUAUGUUAAGAAAUAUUAGUCAUAAAACAAAUUUAUUUUUGCUUUGACAUGACACGAAAUUUAAUCGUUUUUUCUUUUAAAUAAUAUCUUAUUAAAAUGAUACUGCAAUUCAAAAUAUAUCCAAUAAAUAUAAAUUAUACUUUCAGUACAUAUAACUUUAACGGAUCUUGUAUACUUAAGCAUUGCAGAUUUCAAAUGUGCAAUCAGUUUUUUUUUCUCCAAGCUACAGAGUUCUUCAUAAAUAAUAUUUUUAUUCCAUUUUUUGCAGCAAUGUACAAGCUUAAAAACGUCAUACAUAACAGGGGUUUCGCGUAAACAAACUUCAAGGGAAAGUUAGGGCACUUUAUCAGGAUUAAAAUUACACAGGAACCCUUGCCUAGAAAUGUCGUGGGAAGCGACUAAGCCCUUGUUAUGACCUGUUCAUAUAUAACAUUUUUAAACUAGUUCAUUUCGACAAAAAAUAGACUGAAAAAUCUUAUUUAAAUCAAAUUUAUAGCUUUAUGAGCAAAACUAUUUUCAAAUUUGAAAUUCCCACACCCGAAAUAAGUAAGAUGAAGUAUUUGUAUAAAUAUAACUAAAAAUUUGUUUUUCAGUGUGAUAUUUGAAAGUUUCAAAACGCUAAUGUUUUAUUUGAAUAAGUUUAAUAUGAUUUGAGAAAAGCUGCAAUUGUUCUACUAAUAUAUUCUCUUUAAUAAUUUCGUUAAAUUUUUGACAAGGUAAAAUAUAAAACUGUUAAUUUUUCAAAAUUAUUCUCAUGCAUUAAUGUCACGUAUGGUUAUAUCUUUAAAAGAAUGCAUAUGAAUUACAAAAAUUUUUGCGUGUGUUUUACAAUUUUUUUGUUGCUUUUUUGACUGAAAAAUUAUGUUUACAUCAGUAGCUUAUAAGUUUAUGGGACUAACCGUUCUGUGGUGUAAGCCAUUCUACUAUGUUGGAACUUCUAUGCUUGUUGCAAACAACUCAAUAACUGGCUAAGCAAUAUCUAAAAUUCCCAUAGUUUACUUUGAAAGUUUGUGAAAAGUUAUAUUAUCUUAUCAAAAUUUCUCUCGCAACUGGAUUAUUUUAAAUAAAUCGUACAUAGUUAAAAUGUUAUCCUUACCCGAUUAUACUUAUGACUCACUUACAAAAUUAAUUUAAAAAGUUAUUAAUUAAGAAUUAUUAAUCUUAAAAAUAAAUUUUACAAAAUUAUUCUAAUGCAUUAAUGCCACGUAUGGUUAUAUCUUUAAAAGAAUGCAUAUGAAUUGAAGCAGUUUUUGUGUGUGUUUUACGUUUUUUUUGCAGCUUUUUGGAAUGAAAAACUAUGUUUACAUCAGUAGCUUAUAAGUUUAUUGGGCCAACCGUUUUGUGGUGUAAGCCAUUCUACUAUGCUGGAACUUCCAUUCUUGUUGCAAACAACUCAAUAACUGGCUAAGCAAUAUCUAAAAUUCCCAUAGUUUACUUUGAAAGUUUGUGAACAGUCAUAUUAUCUUAUCAAAAUUUCUGUCGCAACUGGGUUAUUUUAAAUAAAUCGUACAUAGUGAAAAUGUUAUCCUUACCAGAUUAUACUUAUGACUCACAUACAAAAUUUACAAAAUUAAUUUAAAAAGUUAUUAAUUAAGAAUUAUUAAUCUUAAAAAUAAAUUUUAUAAAAUUAUUCUCAUGCAUUAAUGCCACGUAUGGUUAUAUCUUUAAAAGAAUGCAUAUGAAUUACAGCAAUUUUUGUGUGUGUUUUGCAUUUUGUUAUUGUUUUUUUUGACUGAAAAAUUAUGUUUAUAUCAGUAGCUUAUAAGUUUAUUGAACCAACUGUUCUGUGGUGUUAGCCAUUCUACUAUGUUGGAAUUUCUAUGCUUUUUGCAAACAACUCAAUCACUGGCUAGGCAGUAUCGAAAAUUCAUACAUUUUGCUUUGAAAGUUUGCGAAAAGAUCAAGAUUUAUCAAGAUUUAUGUUACUGGAUUAUUCUAAAUAAGUCGCAUAUAGUGAAAAUACUAUCAUUAACCUCAUAUGCUCAUUACUCAUUUGAACUUUAUGGUGAAGAACUAAUGUUAAAUUUUCUUAAUUGGCUGAUUUUAAGUGAAUGACUUUUAACAUAAAAGCAGUGACACACUGUGAUUUUCUCAAUUUUGUAUAUAUGAUGUUGAAUUUAUUUUGUUUUGACAUCAUCCAGCAUGCUUUUUUCCUUGAAAUUCCACAUUUUUGGGACAUGUGUAUUAUAAUGUUUAAUAAAAACAUAUUUUUUAAUAACAUAAA